CUCAUAGGAUGCCCCUUUCCACAAGGUAUCCGUCAAUGCUCGAUGCGAACAUUGCGAAAAAUCUGGCCAUACCCUAAUUGGUAUCUACGGAACAGGCAGAAUGCAGCUGUCCUGGAAGCCAGGAUAUUCUCUCUCCAAUAGGCCCGUAAAAAGGUCAGCAGCCCGUAGGACCAAUAGGGGUCGGUUGGGAAACGCAGAUGGACCUCAGCAAUUCGUGUUCGUUGCAGAACAUCCUAUGAGAGAUCACCCCGAACCUGAUGUCAAUGUUUCCAAGGAAGCCAGCCUCUCCGUAGAGACGCCAUUCAAGGUCUCGGGUGAUGCAUCGCCAACAACUAGAGCUGCAGAUUCUCCCGGCCCCGAGACCGAUUCUAGGACAGCUGAAUUACAGCCGCAUCGCGAUAACUGUGAAGAAGACCAAGGCCAAUCCCCAUGUUCAUCUACACCGACAGAUGACGGACAGCUACAAUUAGCUGACGGAGACGCCUUCUAUGAAUGGUCGAGUCAAGUCGCUACUACUAUAGAGUCAAGUCCCAUGGCAGCUUCAGACUUCCCCAACACUACUACAUUUAUGCCACCGAGCGUACUGUACAAUAGCAUCUGGCAGCGGUUUGGGCCUGUCCUUCAGAGAUAUUCGCUUAUUCUGCUCCCAGUCGCUCUUGUCAAUGCCCACUAACAAGUCAUAGACAAUCUGGAAUUCUGCACGAUCCCAUUAACGUUCGACUUACAGAUGAAUCCGUUUCGAUACCGCAAAACCAUCGUUCCGGAACCUAUGUUUCUGGUACAUGCCGUGAUGGCUUUAGCGGGUCAUCAUGUCAAGAGCCCAUCAACCGACGACCAUCGCUAUACAGCAUUGAAACUCCUCCGCGAGAGCCUCAACGCA